AUGCCUUCCGCUACAGCAUCCGGUGCCCAAGGCAAUGCCAACGACAACAUUCGCAGAUUCGCUGCUCCUUCCAGACCUUUGAGCCCAAGAGCUGAACACACCCUUUUCCACGACAAGACAAGAUGUUUCGUUUACGGUCUGCAACCAAGAGCUGUUCAAGGCAUGCUCGAUUUCGACUUCAUCUGCAAGAGAAAGACUCCUUCGGUUGCAGGUAUCAUUUAUACAUUCGGUGGUCAAUUCGUUAGCAAGAUGUACUGGGGUACCAGUGAAACUUUGCUCCCAGUUUACCAAGAUGUUGAAAAGGCCAUGGCUAAGCACGAGGAUGUUGAUACCGUUGUCAACUUUGCUUCAUCGCGUAGUGUUUACCAAUCUACCAUGGAACUUUUGCAAUACCCACAAAUUAAGUCAAUUGCCAUCAUUGCUGAGGGUGUACCUGAGAGACGUGCCCGUGAAAUUCUUCACGCAGCUGCAAAGAAGGGUGUUACAAUCAUCGGUCCAGCUACUGUCGGUGGUAUCAAGCCAGGAUCCUUCAAGAUUGGUAACACUGGUGGUAUGAUGGACAACAUUGUUGCAUCCAAGCUUUACAGAAAGGGUUCCGUUGGUUACGUUUCCAAAUCUGGUGGUAUGUCCAACGAGCUCAACAACAUUAUUGCCAACACAACCGAUGGUGUUUACGAGGGUGUUGCUAUUGGUGGUGACAGAUACCCAAGCACAACCUUUAUCGACCAUCUCCUCAGAUAUCAAGCCGACCCAGAGUGUAAGAUUUUGGUUUUGUUAGGAGAAGUUGGUGGUGUUGAGGAAUACAGAGUUAUUGAGGCCGUUAAGAACGGAACUAUCACAAAGCCAAUUGUCGCAUGGGCUAUUGGUACUUGCGCAAGCAUGUUCAAGACUGAGGUCCAAUUCGGACACGCUGGUUCAUUUGCCAAUUCUCAACUCGAGACUGCUGCUACCAAGAACAAGUCCAUGAAGGAGGCUGGUUUCCACGUUCCAGAUACCUUUGAGGAUUUGCCAGCCGUUCUCGCUUCUGUUUACGAGAAGCUUGUUGCAGCUGGAACCAUUGUUCCACAACCUGAGCCAAUUGUACCAAAGAUCCCAAUUGAUUACUCAUGGGCUCAAGAACUUGGUCUUAUCCGAAAACCUGCUGCAUUCAUCUCCACCAUUUCUGAUGAUCGUGGACAAGAACUUUUGUAUGCUGGUAUGCCAAUUUCUGAUGUCUUCAAGGAGGAUAUCGGAAUUGGUGGUGUCAUGUCUCUUUUGUGGUUCCGUCGUCGUCUCCCAGAUUACGCAAGCAAGUUCCUCGAAUGGUUUCUUAUGCUCACUGCCGAUCACGGUCCAGCUGUUUCUGGUGCCAUGAACACCAUUAUUACUACCAGAGCAGGAAAGGAUCUUAUCUCUGCUCUCGUAUCUGGUCUUUUGACUAUCGGAUCUAGAUUCGGUGGUGCUCUUGAUGGUGCCGCUGAGGAGUUCACCAAAGCUUUUGACAAGGGUCUUUCCCCACGUGAUUUCGUCGAUACCAUGAGAAAGCAAAACAGACUCAUCCCAGGUAUCGGACACAAGGUCAAGUCAAGAAACAACCCAGAUCUCCGUGUCGAGCUCGUCAAGGAGUUUGUCAAGAAGCGUUUCCCAAGUUGCAAGAUGCUCGACUAUGCUUUGGCUGUUGAGUCUGUCACCACCUCCAAGAAAGAUAACUUGAUCUUGAACGUUGAUGGUGCUGUUGCCGUCUGCUUCGUUGAUUUAAUGCGCAACUGUGGUGCAUUCAGUGCAGAGGAGGCUGAAGAUUACAUGAAGAUGGGUGUCUUGAACGGUCUCUUCGUUCUUGGACGUUCUAUUGGUUUGAUUGCUCAUUACCUUGAUCAAAAGAGAUUGCGCACUGGUCUUUACAGACAUCCUUGGGAUGAUAUUACAUACCUUUUGCCAUCUUUGUCAUCAGGUGCCCCUGGUUCUGAGGGUCGUGUUGAGGUUCAGAUGUAA